AUGGAAAAUGGGUAUUUGGGGAUCCGCCAAGUUGAUUAUGUCCGAGAUUAUAGAAAUAGGUUUGAAACCUUUUGUCUAAAUUCUACUAGCUUACUAGGACAACACUUAGAGGCGUUUUUCUUGCAAGGCUUAAAGCCUAGAUUUCAAUAUGCAAUUCGUCAGCUUCAACCGAAUGGGAUUUUACACAUGAUGGAUUUAGCACAAUGGAUAGAGGAAGCUAAUGAAUUCAACAGUCGGAGGAGCACUAGAGAGGAUACAAGGGAACAAAGGUCUGGGGCGAGAGAGUUGAUGAUUUUAAGGCUGAGGAGGCUAGAAGAUCAGCUAGAUGGGAGUGGUGUUUAUGACAAACUAGACCUAUCAAAGCAAAACAAUGUAACUGGUCAUAUGGCUUGGGAUCCCGAUGAAGGAAACACAUUUAGAGUUAAAGGCUUGAUUGGUAAGGAGGAGGUCAAGGAACCAAUCAAGGUGACUCUGGAAAAUGGAAUAGAAGUGGACUGUCUAGGAAAAUGCAAAGCUAUAUUGAUCUAUGUUCAAGAGGUUCCAAUAGUAGAAGACUAUCUCCUACUGAAUCUGCCUGACAUGGAUGUUAUUUUGGGUUAUAGUUGGCUAGCAAGUUUGGGAGAUACAUGGAUAGAUUGGCAGAAACAUACUUUGUCCUUCUUGCACAACCAAGAUUGGACUACUAUUAAGGGUAAAGAAGGAGAGUUGAAGCAGUUGAUCAAAAAGAAUCACCAAGUGCUACUUCAUAAAACCUCCAAGGUGAACCCUCAUACUAAACAACAUCUAGUUUUGGUCAUUGGUGCGAGUAACAUCGUUGAAGAGAUUGUAAAGGGGGCUGAUAUAUGGAUUAGUGGCAGUGAAGUUGAGACAAGGAAGGUAGAUGACCCUAGAAUUGUGUUUGGUGAUGAAAUGAGGUCUGACCUUGAUGGCAAGACACGUCUUUCUAGAGUGAGUUAUGAUAGGAGUGGCUGGAUUGUUGAUGAGGAUACAAGGACGAAGAUGUUGAAUUGGAAAGGUUCUCUUAAUGGAAAUAUCAACUACCUACAAAAAAGUGACCUUGACACUAAGGUAUACACAUGGUUGAGGGAGAUCAUUGGAAAAGAGCAAGAUGUUCUAUGGCACAUAGCUGACCGUGCGACACACAAGGAAGUGUUGUGUACUACACGCAAAAGAAGAAUGUUGAGGAGUUUCUGA